GACCUUCAACAACUACAAACUAAUUUAGCGACAUAAUAUAUGGAACUUAACCCCACACAAUACACAUCCACCAAAAAGUAAACGCACGCCAUCGUCAUCACUUAUUCUAUUCUAUCAAAAUCUUUGUUUCAUUUCAUCCUUAAAUUUAGAUCGUGUAGUAGUUUUUUUUUUUUGUUUUUCCUUAAAAUUUCACAAAGUUGUGUUCUGUUCUGUUUGAACCGUGUCAUACUCUUACUCGAAUCAAUUCAGAUUCUUGUUUUUGGAUUGAUUUCACUUUGCAAUUUUCCACCAUACAAUUUUCUCAACACUAAGAUUCUCUCACUCUCCUUCCAUCUUCUGAAUUUGGUUAAAGAAACUUUUCGUUUCAUCUUUGUUCUGUUUCCCCUGUUUUUGUCUCUGUUUGAACCCAUGUUUUGAUUCCUCUAAAGUUUUGUUUUUUGGAGGAAUUAAGUAAUUGGGUUUUGAUUUUAUUCCAAAUGGGUCAAAUGGGUUUCUUCCAAGUUUCUAGAUUUUGUUGAAUUUUGAGUUGAAUUUGUCUUCUUCUUGUUAGAAGAGACAGAGUGUUGUUUUUUGUUGAUGGAUACUGUGUCCAACAAGGCUGCUAAUGCUAAUUCUAAUGGUUGUAUGAAAAAGCUUGUCGAUGUGGCUUCUUCAGAUUGUAAAAAGGUUGAAGAUCAUGUAAAUGGAAAAAAUGACCGUGAUUCCAAUUCUUUGCUGCCACUUCCUAAAAGAGGAGGAAUAGCAAGAAAAUUGAAUAAGAAUUGUAGGAGAGUGCAGUGGAACGACACGCUUGGAAAAAAGCUUGUUGAGGUAUUGGAAUAUGAAUUAAGUGAUGCUAGUGACUCGGAGGAUGACGAUUCUUGUAUCUGCUCAAUAAUGUAGCUGUGAUCAUGAUAACCUAUCUGAAACUUCCAAUUGAACGAAUCAAGGGUACAUUAUUGUGACCAUCAGAGCCUGAAUUUGAAGUAAAGGUUUUGAACCAAGACAAGCAUCUACUUGUGUUUGCCAUUGUUUAGAUCAUCUAACCGGGUUUUGACACAACUUCUUACGGACUCUUGCAACUUACAAGUUCUCUCUGCAGAUCAAACUAAACACAUGACAUCCAUCAAUUUUGAUUUGGACGGUGCUAAUUCGAGCACCGCUUCCAGGUAUGAAAACUAAAUGCAGGUUUCUGUUGUAAAUGUAACAGGAGGUACCUCAGACUUUUUUGUCCUUUUAUUUUCCUAGAUAUUCAAUAUGCAGAAUCAAUUUUCAUGAGAAGCACUUGUACUCGGUAAUUCUGCUACUAGGAUUCUUUGUUGUCCACACAAAAACAGCUUUUAACUGGUUCAAACAUUGCCUUAUAAGACGAGAAUUUGAGCAUGAAA